UAAAAAGCCCAAAUCGUAGUUUUUCCCCCAAUUCAUGAAUUUUUGAAAAAUUAAGGAACCCUAGAAUUGUCUCGCUCCUAAAACCUCCCUUAAAUCCUCCAUUUUCCAUUUCUACUCUCUUUUAAAAUUUUUUUUUGAAGAAGCAAUAAUUAAAGAAAUGGCAAUAUUUGGAGCUAGACGAGUUUUAUGGCGAAGCUUUUCGACAAUUUCUUCUCAUCCGUUACGUGUCUGCAUCGUCGGAAGCGGUCCCGCCGGCUUCUACACUGCGGAAAAGAUAUUGAAGACUCAUCAAGGAUCACAAGUUGACAUUAUUGAUCGAUUACCUACGCCCUAUGGAUUAGUACGCUCUGGCGUUGCACCUGAUCAUCCCGAAACUAAGAAUGUGAUUAAUCAAUUCUCUCGGGUUGCACAAAACGGACGGUGUUCUUUUAUGGGGAAUGUUGCUCUUGGAUAUUCGAUUUCUUUGGUGGAACUUCGGGAGCUUUACCAUGUCGUGGUGCUUGCUUAUGGUGCGGAAAGUGAUAGAGUUGUAGGCAUUCCGGGAGAAGAUUUGAAAGGAGUACAUUCAGCUAGAGAGUUUGUUUGGUGGUAUAAUGGGCACCCAGAUGGAAGAAACCUGGACCCUGAUUUGAAGAACACAGAUACAGCUGUUAUCCUUGGUCAGGGAAAUGUAGCUCUUGAUGUUGCUCGUAUCCUUCUACGUCCAACAUCUGAAUUGGCAAUAACUGAUAUUGCUAGCCAUGCUUUGACUGCUUUGGAACAAAGCUCUAUAAGGAAAGUAUAUCUGGUUGGAAGACGUGGACCAGUCCAAGCAGCCUGUACUGCAAAAGAGCUCCGAGAAGUUCUUGGUAUUAAAGAUUUGUAUAUUCACAUAAAGGAAACAGAUUUGAAGAUAACCCCGGCUGAUGAGGAAGAAAUGAAAAACAGUCGUAUUCAUCGGAGGAUUUAUGAGUUACUUUCUAAGGCAGCAACUGCAGGACCUUCCCAACCUAGUUCGGGUCAACGCGAACUUCAUUUUGUUUUCUUCCGUCAACCUGAUAGAUUUCUAGAAUCAUAUGACAAAAAGGGAUACGUUUCUGGGGUGCACCUUGAGAAGACAACUCUAAAAGGUAUUGGCUCUGGAAAACAGAUUGCCAUAGGUACUGGACAAUUUGAAAAUCUUUCUUGUGGGAUUGUGCUAAAGAGUAUUGGCUAUAAAUCAGUGCCAGUCGAUGAUUUGCCAUUUGAUAAUCAGAAAGGUGUGGUUCCAAAUGUUAAAGGUCGAGUUCUAAGUGACAAUUCUGGAGAUCCUACAUCAAUUGAGAAUGGAUUGUAUGUCUGCGGAUGGUUGAAGAGAGGACCAACUGGCAUUAUCGCUACGAAUCUUUACUGUGCUGAGGAAACUGUCGCAAGUUUAUCAGAAGAUCUUGAACUAGGUGUCUUAGCAUCAACAACCAGGUUGCCGAAACUUGGAAGAGAUGGACUCCUCCAGAUUUUGGACAAUAGAAAUGUCCGAGUUGUACCUUUCAGUGCUUGGGAAAGAAUAGACAAGGAAGAGAAGAGGUUAGGGAGUUUGAGAAAUAAACCAAGAGAGAAAUUGACCUCAUGGGAGGAGCUACUAAAAGUUGCUGGCUCUGAAUGAAUGUGCCCUUUUAUGUGGUAAGUCACUCAUAUCCAUUUCCCCAAACUUUUAUACCAUAUAUAGAUAUAAUAUAAUAUAUAUACAUUUUUUGGGUGGAAAAGAGAAUAAAGUAUAUUGUAAGUGCUGUUGAUAAUUUGUUUGGUUUGAAGGGAAACUAAUUUUUUAACCUUCACUCCAGUAUUUUUGAAACAAAAUCAAGAAACAGAUGUCAACUUGAAUUGUUAGAAUUGAAUUUGAACUA